UGUACGCAAAAGCACGUGCAUAGCACUACCUCAUACAGUCAAUUGGUAUUUAAUGAUGAGAGGCGCGUUAAAACGAUCUUAGUGGUUGUGGUUUCACUGACAGAAAUUGAUGACAUGACGUGUAACUGGUUUCUUUUAUAGAAGAUAGUUAAGAUGAUGUGGACAGAGGUUUCAAUCAAUGUUCAAGGAAUCCAAGCUUAAAUCGUUUUUCAGUGACUACAAAAACCAUGUCAGCCGCCCUGGGACAUCUUCUAAGCCCGAACGAGGCUUACUCGCCCCAGUCAUCCACCUCCCGCCUGGCUGUCCACAAAAUGAAGUCAAGGGCCGGCUACGGUGCCUCGCCGACCAAGGACAGACCGGUCCAAGCGCUGACCGGGGAGGCUCUGGAGCAGCACAUCUCGCAGCAGUUGUUCGUGGGGGACAUCGAGACCGAGCGAAAGACGUCCAACCUGCGACGGCUGAGGUCGAUGGUUCCCGGCGCCGAGGGUUCGGCGGCCAAGCGGGCGCAGCAGCUGGCCACGCACACGCCGGACGUGCUGAUCCACGAUCGUGACACGAAGAUGCCGCACCGCAAGGACACAAUCGCCAUCACAUUCUUCGUCGACGUGUCCGGGUUCACGGCACUGACUGAGAAGUAUACGCUGAGCGGUCGCGGUGGCACGGACAAGCUGACUGAGACGCUCAACAGUUACAUCGGCGCCCUUGUCGAGUGCAUCCUCCGCCGGGACGGAGAUGUGCUGCAGUUCGCUGGUGACGCCAUACUGGCGAUGUGGCCGUGUAGCACGGAGAAAGAGAUGCCAGCUAAACUAGAGGAGGCCAUCACCUGUGCUGUGCACAUACAGGAACAUUACGGCAUCCGGAAAACAGAUGUCGGAGUGAAGCUCAAAGUGAAGGUUGGUAUCGCGUGCGGCAGCGUCACCAUGUUCUUCAUCGGCAUCAGCAGCUGCAGCCAGUUCGUGAUCGUCGGCUCGGCGGUGGACGACGUGAACGCCAGCGAGAACCAGUGCGAGUCGGGCGACGUGGUGGUCUCGCCGCGCGCCUGGGAGGUCAUGCAGGCCGGCACGUCGUACGUGGCCGAGCCGCGCGGCACCACCGGCUUCAUGAAGGUCAGACACAACGUGCGGGACGACAGUGACCGCGACAGUAAGGAGGCCAUCGACAUCGUUUCUGUGCGCCGCUCGGUUGCUGUUGCCGGCACCAUGGAGGCCAAACUUACUCCUUACGUCAUCCCACCCGUGCUGAAAAAGCUGGCCGAUGACCAGCCGCUGGAGUACCUCUCGGAGAUGCGUCAGGUCUCAAUAGUGUUCUGCCAGCUGGCCACGGACGGCAUCUCCUCGGAGUUGCCCGCCAUUCUCCAGGACGCUUUCGUCAUCAUGCAUAAAAAAAUAACUGCGGUCAGCGGAUGUCUCAACAAAGUGUUCGCCUUCGACAAGGGCAUCACCUUCCUGGUCAUCUUCGGACUACCAGGCUUCAAGCACAAGAAUGAGGUGGCGCAUGCCCUGCAGUGCGCCGAUGCCAUAUCGGUGGAGCUGCUCAAGGUCAAUGGCAUCGCCAGGGUCUCCAUAGGUGUGACGACAGGGCCCACCUUCUGCGGCGUGAUUGGUCACCCUGCGAGACACGAGUACACGGUGAUUGGUCGGACCGUGAACAAGGCGGCUCGGCUCAUGACCAACUACCCGGGCGUCGUCUCCUGCGACGAGGAAAGCUACUAUCACUCCCAUCUACCUAUACAACAGUUCCAGAAACUGGAAUACAAGCCGUUGAAAGGAAUUCCCAAUCCCGGCAAUAUCUACCAGUUUGUAGCAAACGACGGUGAGCUUGGCCAGAAGCUGCCGCAGUACAAGUACCCAUUGCUGGGAAGGAAAACUGAAAUAAAGGACUUUAUGGAGAAGAUCAAAGACAUAAAGGGGUCCGGCGUGCGCCUGAUCGUGUUCGAGGGAGAGUCCGGUAUCGGCAAGAGUCGCCUCAUCGACGCGCUCGUCUCCAUGGCCAAGAAGAACGGCUGCCUCGUGUCUUAUGUGACGAUGAGUUUGCAGCUAAGCGGCAGCAGUGGGUAUGCGCUCAACGGGAUCUUCAGCCAGCUGCUGGGUCUUAACCAGUACCGAACGGCCAAGGAAAAGGAGGUCCACAUACUGGAUCAUUUCAAAGACAAGCAUCUCGGAGACGACCUGUGCCUGCUGAACGACCUGCUGGAGCUGAAGCUACCCGUCAAUCCUCGUAUAGCACAGACGGACGGACCCACCCGCAAGAACAUGACUACGCAGCUGCUCUGGAAAAUCGUCAGGGAGCACACGGCCGUGUCAUCUGGCGUCGUCUUCGCCAUCGACAACGCCCACUUCAUAGAUGACGAGACCUGGUCGUUCCUGGAGACCAUGUCGACCACCUCGGAGGCGGUGCUGUGCCUGCUGACCAUGAUGCCGCCUUCGCUGCACCCGCUCUCAGAGAUCGCCGCCUCCACACUGAAGUCCAAGGCUCUGACGUACGUGCGCAUGAAAGGUCUCGAAAACGAAUACUUGACCGCUCUCGCCUGCCAAAUACUGGAAGUGAAGGGCGUCCCUAACGAAGUUGUCAAACUUCUGCAGGAGAAGUCGCACGGCAUCCCGGGCUGGUGUGAGCAGCUGCUGGGCGACAUGUUCCAGAACCAGUUCCUGCGCGUAUCACCCCUGACCAGCUCCUCCAAGGAUAAGAACAAGCGCAUCUCGUUCGCCAACCCGACGCUUGUCACCAAAAGAUCGAGUAUUAUGACCGCAGACGUGACGUCGGCGGCCGCUGGCGCCGGAGCUGAUCACAGGCCGGAGCCAGCGGCUCGCGCGCAGAUGGAGGCCCGGCGAGAGUCCCGAGUCAAGCCCGAGAAAACCGACCAUCAUCAUGAUAGUGCUGCUGACGGCAAGAGUAAACAGCCCAACCAAGGAAAGAAGAGAGUUAGCGUCAUAGAAAAGCUACUCGGCAAGAACAAGCUGCCGGAUGUGGUGAUGCCGGAGAUCGAACCGGUGCCGGAGGACGAAGAGCUGCCGGAGCCGCCGCCGGCCCGUGAGUCCGGCUCCAACAUGAUCUGCGACCUGGCGCCGGGAGUUGUGUUCGCCAACAUCCCCAUACCCGACACCAUGCGCGGAAUGAUGAUGGCCACCUUCGACAAGCUGAAUCCGUUCGAGCAGAUGUUUUUGAAGUGUGGCGCCAUCCUGGGUGACACCUUCGAGCGGUCGCUUCUGGAGGCCAUCAUUCCCAACUUCCAGGCGCGCAAGGUGCGCUCGGCCACGCGGCGUCUGUUCGAGCUACGCAUCGUCAUGUGCGCCACGCCGGCGGCCGACCAAGGCCAGCACCACACGCACGCCGGCGCCCCAGUCACCACCAAGAGCAUCGUGUGCCACUGCGACCUACCGCCCAUCCUAGAGACGCUGAUGUGUCAGCGUGCUGAACCGCGGUACGUCCACUGCCAGCUCAUGCGGUUCGUCUCUGCAAUAAUGCAGGAGCUGGCGUACGAGACGCUCAUGGAGAAGCAGCGCCAGCACCUGCACCGGAACGCGGCACUGCAGCUCGAGAGCCGCGCCCACCGCUGCCGCAGUUGCGGCGGCGGCGACUUCGAACACGGCCUCAGCGGAUCGGAAUCCUUCAAAGUGGCGCUGCGGCAAUCGUCACAGUCGGUGAUGGCACAACAGCAGCAGGCCGGACCCUCUCGCCUCCACCGGGGCACCAAAGUGAUUCCCAAAAGCAGGGAGCGAGGUCAGGAGACCAGCCUGGUGUACCGUCCAAUACAGCAGACAGCAACUAACGCCCAACAGCACGUGCGCUCGCGCUCGUCAUCGAUGGUGACGGACGGGGGCGAUGAAGAGGAGGAGGGCGCCAGUCCGCUGGACCGGCGCGCCUGCCGCUGCACAGAGAUCCUGGCCACUGUCUACCCGCAGCUGAUCAGACACUGGAAAAACGCCAACAUGGUGGGCAAGACGGUGCACUUCCUAACCGCGGCCGGCGAGGCGGCUAUCACCCUGCAGAACAACAGCCAGGCCCUCACCUACCUGCGCGAGGCGCAGAUUCUCGUCGACGAGAUGAAGACAGGUGCCCGCCCCCUGCCGGACCCGGACGACGGUGAUGUGAUUCCCGCGUGGUGGCAGGACGCCCGCAUCGAGAACCUCAUGGGCCAGGCCUACCUGCGCAUGGGCAUGCUUGAGGACUCGCUGUCGCACCUGAGGGCGGCUCUGGAUAUGCUGGAGAUAUCUUUCCCCACGCACGUCAACAUUUUCCACAUCUGGGCGGCCGAGAUCACCCAAAUGGUGCACAAGCUGCUCCCACGGCACUAUCUUGGCAGCGUCGACCAGGAGAUGGCUCCCAUCAUGGUUGAGGCGGCCAACUGCCUGAACAGCUUGGUGGCCGUCUUCAACCUCAAACACAACCAGUCUGUGUGCUACUUGGCGGCGUUGAUGCAGCUCAACAUCGCCGAGGCAGCCAGCACCGACUUUCACGAGCUCAUCACCGCCUACUCCAGUAUCAUCCAGGCAUGCAUGGCCCGUGGCCGUCUGAGACAGGCGUCCAGCUACUCCCGCCAGGCCAUCUCCAAGCUAGAGGCGCUGUUCGCCAUGAUGCAGGAGGAGGACUUCGCCACCGCAGCCAGUCUCUACACCAUCGUGCUCCGCAUGAAAAUUGCGAAUGGAGAUCUGUUCGACGCCUUGGAUAACGGCUAUAUCGCGCUGAGCAUCAACCGCCGGAUCCACGACGGCGAGGCGGAGCUGGCGUCCGCCCAGCUGCUCGCCCAGUGUCUGCUGCUAAGGCUGGCCAUCCAGGAAAUGGUGGACCUGUCGCGCCGCGUCCUGUUCGUAGCCGAGGAGGGCAGCCACGUGCUCGGCAAGCACUGGUACUACCUCGGCUGCCUGGACAUGCUGAUCGAGGCGGGGUUCAGUAUCGAGGACAUCGGGACGUGCGUGGUGUACGUGACGGAGACGUACUUGGACCCGUCCGUCAGCACCGACCGCGAGGUGCAGUUCUACGCAGCGGCCACGCUGGCCGUCUGGUACGCACGCACCGACUCCUGGGUCGAGUGCGACCGCUGGAUCGCCGUAGCCGAGGAGGCCAAGCCGGUGAAGGCCCGCUGCCUGGUGAGCGUACAUGGCCUCUGUAAGCUGCUGGAGACGCGCCUGAUCCGGCUCUGUGAAACCAUUGUGGAGCAACUGUACGAGGAGACGGAGAAGGAUGAGCCAGUGGUGCGGCAGUACCUCAAGGAGCUCGAGAAGGCCGUCGAGUUCCACAAGGUGUUCAGACCCAGAUACCUGCACAUGCGCGCCUACUUCUGCAUGUUCACCGGCAAGACGGACAAGGCGUUCCGGCUGCUGAAGGAGGCCGUUCUGCUGGCAGACAAGCUGUGCAACAACGUAGACCGCGAGUGGGCCAAACACUCGCUCUACGUCUGGUUCGAGGAGGUGUCCGAGUUCGUCAUGACGUUCUGGCUGCGGCACAGCAUCCAGGGCGAGCUCGACUGGCACGACGCCAAGAACAUCGCUCACUCCAAGAUCAUGUACACGCUGCCAACACCAGAAUACAAGUCGAUGCUGACUGGCGUCUAGCUGGGCGCCAGCCGCCGGCCGUCCGGCUCCUCACGCUGCCGACGCCCGAGUACAAGUCGAUGCUAACCCGCGUCCAGCUGGGCGCCAGCCGCCGGCCGUCCGGCUCCUCACGCUGCCGACGCCCGAGUACAAGUCGAUGUUGACUGGCGUCUAGCUGGGCGCCAGCCGCCGGCCGUCCGGCUCCUCACGCUGCCGACGCCCGAGCACAAGUCGAUGCUGACUGGCGUCCAGCUGGGCGCCAGGCGCCGGCCGUCCGGCUCCUCACGCUGCCGACGCCCGAGUACAAGUCGAUGUUGACUGGCGUCUAGCUGGGCGCCAGGCGCCGGCCGUCCGGCUCCUCACGCUGCCGACACCAGAAUACAAGUCGAUGCUGACCGGCGUCCAGCUGGGCGCCAGCCGCCGGCCGUCCGGCUCCUUCCGAGGCCGACGUUAGCGAGCGGAGCCGCCAGGCAUGCAUCGGCGCCGCGUGGUCAGACUGAUCGCCUCGGGUUCGCAGCCGUCGGAGCUGCGGAGGUCGGCGCGGGCGACACGCUCCCUGGUUGGAGCUGGACCCGCGAGGGUUCCUCGCGUAUUGGCCGGGUGUAGGUGUGUGAGGUAGACGAAGGUGGCUCCUCCAGAGCUCGGUCGGAGGCGCGCGCUGGUAAAGCAGCGUGCGUUCAGCGAGGUGUCCGUGUGGAGGCGAGAACGCUUCCAUCGCCAUUAUAUUCUGUUCGUAUACGUGAUAUAUGCGUCGGUGCGACAUGCACAAACGCGUGGGAUUUAUGCACUGCACAUGCGUCCACGCAAUGCCAGUGUCAUCACCUUGGGCAGAUACCGUACCUAGGCAGAUAGGCACAAAUGACACCUGAAGUGGCGUUAGCAAAUACUAACGACCCGCGAGGCCAAUGACCGGUGAGGCUAAUGCACAUAAAGUACUGAUCGCUUCGGCAUGUGCUGCUUAAAAAUAUAUUGAGACAGUCACUCGACACAAAUAACAAGCAUGGCCUGCUAUCUUCACCCAGAGCUUGGCUGCACGCGAAGAAGACAGUGCAACGGGCUCUAAGACAAUGGAGUGGAAAUAAAUACCAGAGCAUGGUAUUAUUUAUACGUAAAAAAACGCUAGCCAACAGCUGGCUUAUGCCAUCAUCAACUUUUUGCACAACACAACCAAAAGAAAGUUUAUAUUAGCAUCGCAACACCCACAAAUCAAACUUCCGCCCGUCAGCUAAGAAAAUGAAGCAUUUCUUACGCACAUACCGGAAUGGUGUAUGACGAUCAAUGUGACUUCCCGUUCUCCGAUCCCUGUAUCAAAACACGCGCCAACACCUCAACAAAUACAGAGUCGGCGGCAACUCAACACACGUACAGCACGCGCCACAUGCCUGCCAUCUGGCCUGCAACCGACCCUCGCCCGGGACUGGUCAGGACGGCUGGGGCGGUGGUCAGUCCGGCGGCGCGCGCCCCUCCUCACCGGCGCCUGUCAUUGGCCGGAAGGCGGCGUCGCGCGCACGGCCGGGCAGCCUCCAGCGCUCACUCACAAACACUUCACGACUCUGCCACCAGGGCGCGCAUCUGGCGAACGGCGGCCACCAGGCGGGGCGGCAGCGUCGGCCGGCUGGCCGCGCCGCCUGCGCCGCCGCCGCCGCCGCCGCCGCUC